UUUUAUUCUUAUGUUAAUUCAUUACUAAGCACAUUCUAUAUUUUGUUAAUUUUACAACAGCUCCUAAUUUCAUCAUAACAGACCAAAUUGAAGAAAUUUAGUGAAUUAUUUUAAAAAUUCUUCAGUACGUAAAUACUAAACAUGCCGCAUAGUAAGAUAGCCACCUUUGCAGUUAUAGACUUGGAAACAAAUAGUUUACCGGAUUUACAAUUCAACAAAUGUAGUAUAACGGAACUCUGUAUAUUCGCUUUUUCCUCGAAAUUCGAAGCGAAACAAACUGAAAGGCAAACUACAUCAGUUGGAAAGGGGAACAAUUGGCUUAGCCAAAAAUCAAUACCAGAACUCCCAAGAGUUUUGCAUAAAUUAACUUUAAUGGUUAAUCCCCGUCGAAAAAUAUGGCCCGAAACGGAAAACAUAACUGGCUUAAAUAAUUGGAUGUUGGAGCCUGAACAGCCAUUCGAUGAAAACACCGCGGAUUUGCUGAUAUCAUUUUUACAACGUUUACAGCAGCCAGUAUGCUUGGUGGCUCAUAAUGGCUUGGGUUUUGACUUUCCCGUUUUACGUUAUGUCAUGAAAAACUUGGACUUGAAAUUUCCAACGUCUAUUUUAUGUGUGGAUUCUUGGAAAGCAUUUCAGAUCAUUGAUGCUCAGAUAGAGAUAAAUAAUAAUAAUAAUAAUAGUAAUCAAAUGAACGCAGAUGUUGAGAACGUUAGCGAAGAUACAAAGCGAGAGAAUGACGAUGAAAUAAGUCCCGAAACAACUUCAUCGAAACAUGUUCUUUUGCCUAUUAAUGAUCCCAUUAAUUGGCAAAAAAUUAAUGAAACUACACCACACAGACCUUGCAAGAUAUAUCACAGAAAAGGUUUAGCUAACGCUGGCGAAAGUGUGCCUGCUAAGCGUUCUCUCUUUUCCGCACCAAAUCCAAUUCGAGGCUAUUACAAACUAGGCAACAUAUAUAAGCGUAUAUUUCAAGAAGACUUCAAGGACUUACAUCGUGCUGAAAAUGAUGUCGAUGCCUUAAGCAAAUUAAUUUUACAUUACGGAUCCGCAUUUACUGAAUAUGCGUAUAAUAAUGCCAUUUCGCUCAAUGACGUCCCAAGUUUAGACGAACCCAAAACUUAGUAUGCGCAAGUUUUAUUUAUUUUUUAUGAAUGAUGUAUAUAUGAUUUUAAAAGACAGUUAUGUUAUAUUAUUUUAUAUAUUGUCAUUUUGUGAUUUGUUCAUUCGUUUUUUAUAUUUUUAUAAACUAUAUCUGUUGCAUGUAACGGUCUAUUGAACCCUCUACAUACAGCUUAAAAUAUGCUACAAAAUCUAGUUCUCAUCAUUUAUUUAAAACAUUUGUACACAAAGUUUUUUUGUCAAAGAGAGUGUGGCUUAUAAA